AUGUCUCAGUCCCCGCAGUCUCAGCCCCAAACCCACGGGGCCAACCGCCAUUCCCGCCCCGUUUCCGCGCGCGGACAUGCCUCAUCUGGUCUGCGUCAGAACGCCAACCCGCAUACUGGAGUUUCAAGCCCGAACAUCCAGUCCCACCCCCAGGCCCAUCGUACCCUCGCCACCCUGGCCCAGGCACUAAAGCGUGACCUGGCCUCCCUCAUGCACCGCUACCCCCACCUCCGCGGCUCCGAGCACUUCACGGCGAUCGACCAGAUUCAUGUCGUGAACCGGUCUCAGGGGAGUACCGACGAGCACGGUUAUCUAAACCGUCUUAAGGAUAUUCUGUGGAAUCAGACCUAUCCCCAGACACAGCAGAAUGGCAGCUUGGGUGUCUCAGAUCCACUUGCUGUGCACUCACACGCGCAGUCGCAGCCCGCACGCUUGUCUGUUCGUGAGCCGCCCACCCAGCCGCAGCGCCACGACUCACCGCACCGUGAAGAACAAAGUGGACCUCAUCCAGAGCCCCAUCGCCGUGAGAACCACCGCUCGUCUCGCUACACGGCAUCUCGUGCUCCCCAGCCCGCUCCCACCCAUUCUACUCCACACGGCGCUCGUACAUCCCACGGCGUCAUAGUGGGUCUCCAGCGUAACCUGCGUACUAAUACUCGUACUCCUGUUCCUGUUCCUUGCAACACCCCUUCCUAUACUUCAACCGCUGCCUCGGAGAUCCAGGGCUACGAUAAGUGGCGGCCCACCGACGAGCGCCACCUGCCUGAGCGCGAUGAGUUCUUCAAGCACGAGGUGCGCAGCAAGUGGAAGCGGUUUGUGUUGAACAUGAAGGAGCAGAAGCAGGCAGUUCUUAAGGGGGUGAAGUUUUGGGAGCUUGAGUAG